AUGCGUGUACUGCUAGGUCACUCAAAGUGGGCUCCAGCCGGCCAACGCGGUGCUAUGUCACAAUAUUUUUCACACUAUGAAACACUUUUAGUGACUAGUAAGUCCACCGAUAUCGAGAAUGGCACCCUAUCGGAACGUGUUGCUCUUGAGCAUGCAAGAGCCCGAUCUAUUUGUCGCGCGAGCGGUCUCACUUUAGAGGAUAUCCGAGACCUGACUGACAAAUUUUGGGAUUUCCAUUUCGAUCCAAUUGCCGCGAGGGAUAUGACGGCUUUUAUUAUUGCAACCAUCCACCUGAACCUGUGCAUAGGCACAUUGAGCCACUUCGUUUCGAGCAAACCAUAUUUCAGAAAUAUCGUUACUCGACUGCUACGAUUCGAGGCUUGUGGAGAGUUUAUGCUGACUGAGAUCGGCCACGGCCUGGAUGCGCGCAACUUGGAAACCACCGCCACGAUGCGACAGGACGGUUCCUUCACGCUUCAUAGUCCUUCUUCCUCUUCAGCCAAGGCGAUGCCGCCGACGACGCCUCUUUGCACAAUGCCGCGAAUCGCCGUUGUCUUCGCUCGGCUCCUGGUCUAUGGAGAGGACCGUGGCGUCAAGACCUUCCUGGUUCAGCUGACUGACGGGGACAGCAUGUGCCCAGGUAUCACGUCUCGGCCCCUUCCGACCAGACCUGGCACCCGCCCUUUGGACCACUCCAUCACCACCUUCGAAAACGUCUGGUUGCCCGCAGACUCGCUACUCUCUGACCCAGCCAAGGCAGUCGACGAGCGAAGCUCGUUCCUCCAGCAGAUACGUCGGGUAUCCGUCGGAACUCUGUCUCUGUCCAUCAUGGGAGUAUCGGCUCUUAAAGCGGGCGCCUACAUUGUCACUACAUACAGCCAACGCCGGUACGUGUGUGAAGGGCCGUCACGCUCUCCUAUUCUAGCCUUCAGUACACAACACCGACCUAUAUUGCGAGCUUGGACGUAUUCAAUCAUCCUUGAGCUCUACGCGCGCUGGACCGUGUCGAACUUUAUGUCGCUCGCCGGGGAGGCGAGCACGAGACAUGCUAUGGCUGUAAUUUUCAAGGUGGCAGCCAUGAAGGCUCCAGUUAUGCUCGACGAUCUCUCGGAGCGAUGCGGCUGGCAGGGACUUUUUAAGCAUAACCAACUCAAGGAACUCUCCUUGACAUUUCAGGGCAACACCGUAGCAGAGGGUGACUGCUUGGUCUUGUGCAUACGUCUUGUGUCCGAGCUGCUUGGCCGCAAGUACGAUAUUCCAGAGGCGCAAGACACCAGCAGUCCGCUCUCCGUUAGAGAAGCUUCCCUUCGCGCAUACGCGGCACGCGAGGUCACAAGAGUUGGCGGGUAUACGGCGCAUCGAGACCGAGCGUUCGACCAGGUCAUCAACCCCUUGAGCAGACCGCUAGUCGAGGCGAUUGGCGAACGGAUGGCAGUCGAAGCCGGGAAAUACCUAGGGGCCGAUCCUCACGUGCUUCAACUGUUCGAGUAUUUUUGCAUGGAGCGGAAUAUUGAUUGGCAUGUUGGCAACGACAUAACGGCUCGUUCCGCGUUCGGGGACGCCAUGUCGCAGGCGUGCAGCGCGGCGCUACCUCUGAUGCUGCGGUCGCAUCAGGAGAGCAGGAUCAAGGAUUACGUGUAUGCCCCCAUCGUUUCGGAAGCAGGCUGGGGCAGAUUUUUCUCCGGUCUCCCUGUUUUUGAAGGGCCCGAAGAGCCUGUAUCCACUCAUCGUUCCAGGUUGUAGUCUAAGUAGCUGUAACGCUGGUCUUGUCUCACAAGACGAGACCAGAGCUGUUCGAAAAGUCUGAUAGAAGAUAGCUAUGGCAGUUGUGUUCAAAAUUUGAGUACUAUCUUGUGAGCAUGAAUAGAUAUAGGGUUAUAUUUCU